AUGCCGCCCACUCAAAAACGGGGGAAUGAUGAUCUCUCCAUCCAGCUCCUCGACCCCGGGACACCGUUGCAUCCAGGCAGCGUUAUUCUCGGCCACAUUAUACGCAAAAGCGAGAUCGCCGCUCCGUUGGCUACCGUCUGCGUUCGCCUCUUCGGCCGCGCCAAGGCGAAGCUCGCCAUCUCCGAUGGCGACAACGGCAUGAUAUACUACCGCAGCCACUUCGACUUCUGGCCCGACUCCGCCAUUAUCGACGUCGUCCACGAGGGCCGUAUCGACGUAGCCCCCGGCGAUGGUAACUGCCAGUCUUGGCCGUUCACGCUUGAACUGCCGACGCAUACCGAUGCUGGGUUGGUAAACGCCAGCGAAGAGGACAACGCGAGGAAGGCGUGUUUUCUACGUCCGCCCGGAGCCGCUGAGGCCGCGGCGGGCGUUCCUGCGCAGCCGUUGCCUGGGACGUUUUAUUACGAUCACUCUGGGUCCAGCAAGCAGUGGCAGGGGUUUGUGGAGUAUUGGAUCCAGGCUGAGCUGGUGGAGCAUGGGAAGAGCAAAGUAGUCCAGGCCGUAUUGCCUGUGAGAGUCUCCCCGCCUCCGUCACCGGCGCCGCCCAUCAGCGACCUCCGGCUCAUGACACGGACUGUGGCUGGAAGUGUCAGCAGCCAGCGGCUCAUGCCGGGUAUGGAGAUGGCAGAGCUGUCGUUCAAACACAAGACACUGAGAUUGUUCGGGUCAUCCAAGGUGCCGACUUUCCACUACACGCUCCACGUUCAGUAUCCCACCGUCUUCCAGCUGGGCAGCAAGUUGACAAUACCGUUGUUGGUACACGUUACCCCAAACAAGGAAAAGACUAGCGACGUCAUUGAGAACGUGACGCGGACUGUGUCGUUAAAAUUCGCCGGGCUGGAGCUGCGAACGACCACCAGCGUCAUCUACCCGGACAAGCCGGACCCUUACCUGGUGAGCAAGACGCAGAAGUUUCCCUUGUCCCAAAUCAGCGAUUUCCUGAGGCCCGUCGAGGGGACUGUCGUGCUCCCAUGUGGCCCAAACGAGGAACCGCUCGACCUGGGCGCCGUGAUGGGUGUGCAGGUUGAUGCCAGGGGCCGGUUCACGAGUGCGCCGGGACACCGUCUGAGCUGCAGCACGACCAACCCGACGGUUCUGCCUACCUUUACAACGUACUGUGUCAAGAUCGAGCAUGCGCUGUACUGGGAGGUACAGAUUUCUGUGGCAGGAGAGGUUUGGAGGGGACAGGGGAAUCAAGAGAUUCUACUGUUGCCGCCGUGCGAAGGUGCAUCUGGGGGCGCUGCCUUUCCUCCGCCUGCUUACGAGGAAUCUCCAGCCGACGAUGAAUCCAGCGAUUUGGCUAUGGUGUUUGAAGGCGGGUUCGGUCUGAUCGCGACCAUUGCCUCCUCCGACUAG